AUGCGAGGUCAUUUUGAGACAGUGUGUCGAAAAGACAAGAAACGUGUUCCGUCUUAUCAAAAGGAUCUCAAAACAUCGAAGAAAGUGCGGCUUGUUGAAUCUACUGAAACGAAAUCUGAAUUGCAUACCGAAGCAACUGAUUCGGAUAAAACAUAUUACGCUUUUUACUCCGGAAAUAAGUCGAAUAUUAUCACGUGUUGCGUUGGUGGUGUGAACCAGGAUAUGCUAGUGGAUUCAGGAGCCGAUUGUAAUUUGAUUACACCAGAAGUUUGGAAUAAGUUGAAAAACGCUGGCGUCAAGAUUCAUUCGUCCGUGAAGGGAUGUGCUCGAAAACUCAAGGCAUACGGAAACGAGAGAUUGUUGGAUGUAACAGGAACAUUUGUUGCUGAUAUUUGCGUAGGUCGUAGAAGUGUUAAGGCUGAAUUUUUCGUUGUGAAUGGUAGACAACAAUGUUUGUUGGGAGACGAGACAUCGAAGCAGUUGGGUAUAUUGAAAGUUGGAGUAGACGUCAAUCAGGUCACAAAGGUCAUGAAACCAUUUUCGAAAAUAUCUGGAAUACAAGUACAAAUUUUCACUGAUCCCGAAGUCAAACCCGUGUUUCAACCGUUGAGGAGAAUUCCAAUACCGUUAGAAGCUGCUGUGAAAACAAAACUUGAACAGUUACUAUCGAGGGACAUUAUAGAAGUCAAGAUUGGACCAACGAGCUGGGUAUCACCAUUAGUAGUCGUGGGAAAAACGAAUGGUGAUGUUAGACUUUGUUUGGAUUUGCGUCGAGUUAAUGAAGCGGUAUUAAGGGAACGCCAUCCGAUGCCUGUAGAAGAUGAGUAUUUGGCACGUUUAGGUCGAAAAAUGAUACGAAGUAAAUUAGAUAUUAGAGAAGCAUUUUUGCAAGUGGAGCUUGAAACGGAAUCAAGAGAUGUAACAACUUUCAUAACAAGUCUUGGUCUGUUCAGAUUCAAACGACUGCCAUUUGGGUUGGUAACUGCUCCAGAAGCAUUCCAACGUAUUAUGGAUGAAAUACUUACUGGCUGUGAAGGCACCUAUUGGUAUUUAGACGAUGUUAUCAUUGAAGGUGCGACUGUAGAAGAGCAUGAUAGUCGUUUGAAUGAGGUAGCCUAA